AUGUAAGUAAUAAAAGAUGUGAAAAAAUUACAUAAGGAUUUAAAAAAGCCUGAUAAGAGUCAUAAAUAUAAAUAAAUAAUAUAAGAAUUAUCAGAAUACUGUCUUUUUGGAGAUCAUCAAAAAGAAGAAAUAUUCGAGUAUCUAUAAUAAUAAUAAUUAUAUAGUUAUUUUGCAGAACAAAAUAUAUUAAACUUAUUUUACCAGAAACUUAAGUCAGCAAAUCCAUAAUUAACUAUUUUCAUUAUUGAAAGGAUGUCGAUGAUUAUGUAAAAUAUUAUGACAAUAUAGUUCUAAUCUAUAAAAUCCACUCAACCUAAAUUAUGUCUUAAGUAAUCCAGUUUUGCAUGAAUUUAUUAACCAUAACUAUGACUUUUCUAAUCCAGAAAUUGUAGAUUAUUAUGUGAAUUUCUUAAAAACUAUUGCUAUCAGAAUUAAUAGAGAUAAUUUAAAUCUUUAUUUCAAUUAGCGAUAUUGUUCAUUCCCUUUGUUAUGGUAGGCUUAAAAGUUUAUCAAUUAUCCAGAUGAAUUAGUUAAAAGCACUGUCUAAAAUAUCAUUUUAGGUUUGUCAAAAUGUAUAUUAUUAUAUAAUAUUCAUCAUAGUGUCAACAGAACCCUAAAGUGAAAAACAAACAGAAUUAGUUGUCUUAAAUUAGAAUAAAAUUAUGAAUCAGUUUAAACAUUAUCUAACAUCAUCACCUUUCAAUGAAGUGUACAAUAAAUAUAUAAUGCAAAUUUAAGAGAUUCUAUAAUCUAUCAAUCCAGAAUCAUUUGAUUAAUUAGAUAAACUGGAGAGCACUCUUCUAUUUUUUAAUGAUUUAAUAAAUGAAUGCCCAGUUUUAUCAACAUUGUUGGAGAAAUUAAUUUUAAAUUAAUUAAUUUAACCAAUUUUAGAUAGUUUAUUAUUGAAUAAAAAUUCUUAAAUAAGACUUGGUUAUGAAAUUGGUUUAUUUACAAUAUAUCUGUUACUAACAAAAUUACCUUUAGUUUAUUCAAUUAUGUCCUUUUUUUGUGAAGAUUAAAUUUUUAUUGAUACUACUAUGUAACAUCAUAUAUUAUAGAAAUAAUCGUAAAAGUGGGUUUAUGAUACAAGAAAUAUGGAAUAACAUUUUUAAUAAAUAUUUUAAAAGGAAUUUGAUGACAAUUAAGAAAAAAAUAAUUAAUUCGUUUAAAAUUAGAAAACUAAUUUAGUAUAAAAUCCAUAUAAAAAUCAAUUUAUUGAACUUUUGAGAGUAUUUUUAAGCUAUUUUUUUAGUCCAAACAUAACACAUUAUUGUAUAUAUAUUUAUCAAUCUGGUUUUUUGCAAAAUAAUAAAAUUAUCAAAUACCAUCUAUUUAGAUUAUCAAGGUAAAUGUUCUUAUUUAAUUAGUUAUUACAAUUAAAAGAGGAAAUAGUUUUUUCAAAAAAGCUUUUAGAAUUGAUAAUCUUAUUAAUGAUGAAUGAAGAUUUAAAAGAAUUGGAACAAUUUUAUUUAGAGUUACGAAAUAAAUUAGUUACAAUGAUUUCAAAUUUUAAAGUGACAAAUAAGAAGUUAAGUGAAGGAUUAGCUGUUAAUUGGGAUGUAAUUGAAAAAUUUGAUUGGGAUGAUUUUAAAUAAUCUUAACCAGAUGUUAAAUUGGAAGAUUUAAAACCAUAUGUUGAUAAUAGUAAACUAUCUGAAUUUAAAUAUGUUUAUCUGUGGAUUUUAAUAAAAUGUUUAGUAAAGAAUGUUCAAAAAAAGAAAGUUGAAAAUAUUUACUAAAUUGAUUAGGAAAUCUAACUACUUUAAGUUUGUGAAUUUAUAUAAAUACCAAAUUCAUAAAAUGUAAUAAUUUUAUAUAUAAAAUAUAUAGUAUUUGAUUCUUGAUGUUGAAUCAGGAUAUUUGAUUCAUGCUUGUCUUUAAUAAAAAUAAAAUACAGCAAUAGUUAAAUUUGUAUAACCUUUAAGAUCAAUUGAGUAAUCAUUUUAAGAAGAUCAUUUGAUACUAGAAUGUAAUACAUUAUGCAUAAAUUAAUUCAAACCAUAUAAGAUAAAAUUUUAAAAGGAUAUUAUAACAUCAGUAAUUGACAGAAUUUACCAAGCAUAACAAUCAAUGAGUUAAUUAAUAAUAAAUAAAUUGGAAGCACUUUUGUGA